GACGCCGGCGUCGUAGGCUGAGGUGGCAGCUGUCCCGCAGUCAUGGAGCUGCCGCAGAUGCCGGAGCUGAUGGGGCUGUCCCUCCUGGUGGGGUUGCUGGCCCUGGUGGCCACCGCGGCCGUGGCGCGGGGCUGGCUGCGGGCCGAGGAGAAGCCCAGCCAGCCCAUCUGUCAGAAAGAAAACGAAUCCAAGAAGUCAGUAUCCAAGAAGCAGAAACAGAAUCAGCGGAUUCGUAAGGAGAAGCCUCAGCAGCACAACUUCACCCACCCCCUCCUGGCCGCAGCACUGAAGAGCCACAGUGGGAAUAUAUCUUGCAUGGACUUCAGCAGCAACGGCAAGUAUCUGGCCACCUGUGCGGAUGACCGCACUGUCCGUAUCUGGAGCACCAAAGAUUUCCUUCAGCGGGAACACCGCAGCAUGAGAGCCAACGUGGAGCUGGACCAUGCCACCUUGGUGCGCUUCAGCCCUGACUGCAGAGCCUUUAUUGUUUGGCUGGCAAAUGGGGAUACUCUCCGUGUUUUUAAGAUGACCAAGCGAGAAGAUGGGGGCUUUACUUUCACAGCCACCCCGGAGGAUUUCCCUAAAAAACACAAGGCACCCAUUAUCAACAUUGGCAUUGCUGACACAGGGAAAUUCAUCAUGACUGCCUCCAGUGACACGACUGUCCUCAUAUGGAAUCUGAAAGGUCAGGUGCUGUCCACAAUCAACACCAACCAGAUGAAUAACAGUCACGCUGUUAUCUCCCCAUGUAGCAGGUUUGUGGGUUCGUGUGGCUUCACCCCCGAUGUGAAGGUCUGGGAGGUCUGCUUCGGGAAGAAGGGAGAGUUCCAGGAGGUGCUGCGAGCCUUUGAACUGAAAGGUCACUCUGCGUCUGUCCACUCUUUCGCCUUCUCCAAUGACUCUCGGAGGAUGGCCUCUGUCUCCAAGGAUGGCACAUGGAAGCUAUGGGACACAGAUGUGGAAUACAAGAAGCAACAGGACCCCUACUUGCUAAGGACAGGCCGCUUUGAAGAGGCGAGUACCAUGCCUUGCCGCCUGGCACUCUCCCCUGACACCCAUGUCCUGGCCUUGGCCAGUGGCACCAGUAUUCAUCUCUUCAACACACGGCGUGGGGAGAAGGAGGAGUACUUCGAGUGUGUCCACGGGGAGUGUAUUGCUGACUUGACUUUUGACAUCACAGGCCGCUUCCUGGCCUCCUGUGGGGACCGUGCAGUUCGACUCUUCCACAACACCCCUGGCCACCGGGCUGUGGUGGAGGAGAUGCAGGGCCUCCUGAAGCGGGCAUCCAGCGAAAGUACCCGCCAGAGGCUGCAGCAACAGCUGACCCAGGCCCAAGAGGCGCUAAAGAGCCUGGGUGCCCUGAAGAAGUGACUCUGGCUCUGGAUGGGUCUCGCUGUCUGCUCCAGUGACCACUUCCUCCCAGGUGCCCCUGGGAUGGAGACCUGGAGGAACCUCCCAAUUUUCUUCCUGGUGACCCCUGUUUUUUCCUAUUGAAACUAUUCUUGCAUACUCCGAUUCUUCUCUCUCUGUCUCUCUCUCUCUCCUUGUUUGACUCUUCCUAGACUGAAAGGUGCUGUUUUCUCACAGGCCCAAGGGGGGAUCCAUCUUCACCUAGCACUGAGAAAAGUAAUAGAAAAAGACAGAACAAAGCUCUUGACAGUUUGGCAAAAGACCCUGACACCCAAAGAAGUUUGUCAGUGUAGAAGUUUGUCACCAGGAGCACGUUGCUGUUUUAGAAGAGUACAGAUGUGUUUUAUAAUGCUGCAUGGUGAGCCUCCAUCUGGACCAGGCUACUCAUAGUAGCAAGAAGCAAUUAAGGACUGGUCUUUGUCGGCAUUGGUCUGUAAUCUUAGCACUCUACAGGCAAAGGCAAGAGAUCAGUGGUUCAAAGCCAGCUUGGACUACAUAGUGAAUUCUAGGUCCUCCUGGGCUCCAUAUGGAGAGAAACCUUGAUGAGAUUGUUUUUCCCUGGGCUUCAGUUUUCUUAUUUGUAAAAUGGGGAACGAUGCUCUCUGUGGCCUUCCUGCAAAGCUGCUGUGAGGCUAAGAGUGUGUUCCCACACAUGGAGUGUAGCAGUGCUGUCCAGUGUCAUUAACUACCAGGUAAACAUGGGACGAAACCGGUGUUCUGCAAGCCAACUAGGUAGAGCCACAGCCCUUGUGAAGGCCGAGUUUCCUAGGGCUCUGCUUGCUCAUUCAUCUUGGAUAAAUCUGGUGGUUUGGUUCACGUGCCUCGAGAAGUAAUGCCGUCUCAAGAUGGUGCUCCUCUCUCUUGGAGACUUCUUGAACUCAUCACUUGAGUGCCUGCUUCAUGGGACUAGCUAGUGAUGCUGGCUAACACAGACAAGACUGGGCCUGCUGCCAAGGAUAAAAGCUGGUGGGAGGACCUAGAGGCUGGUGUCUGUGACGUGCUUUUUGUUCAUUGACAGCUGCAGGGGAGGUGGUAGACGUAAGGCUUGACCUUAGUGAAUCCAGGACAAUAAUGGGGAAUGAAGGAAAUACACCCACUAAUAAAUUGGGUCUCAGCCAUGUACAUUUGAAGACUGCUUGGAUCCAAGGGGUGAGGAAGAUGUCAGGAAUCUAGGAAGGCUUGAAUCUAGCAAAAAGUACCCAUCCCUGUUAGUUUUGACGCUCACUUAAAAGUAAAACCACUUCCGGCCGUCCUCAAUGCUACAGGAUGUUUAGAACAAGGCACAACCCUGAAGUUGACCUUGAUGGCUCCCUUGUCACCCUCUCCUUCCACCACUGCUGCUACAUCCAGAUGGCCUGCAGCAUCUGCUGUCUCUCCCACUCUUCUGUUACCAUCCCGGUCUUAGCCACUGUCCUGUACUUUGUGGAUAGUACUUGUUUCCAACCGCAUUACUUCAAGUCACCUUCUACAUAGUUUAGCCAGCCUUGGGAAAACAAAAAUGUCUUUUUGGAUCACGCCGUUCCCCAAAGGUCUCCCUCUCUUCUUGGAAUGAAACCCCAAACCCUCCUUGUGGCCUGCAUAGUGUCGUGAAAUUUAGCCUCUCUUGUGAUCUUUCUUUGCCGUGGUCCAUCCCACCCCAUUCUUCCUGUUCUUCACUAACAGGCAGUUGGCAGGCUCCAGGUAUGCUGCCAGCAUUUUUCCUUUCUGUUGGCAGACUUGUCAAUGCGAUUCAGUCCUUGUAACUUUCUCUUGAAAACAGUUGCCUCCCUUACCCACUUCCUCCGAAGUAGCCCUUUCCACCAAUCCUGUCCCACCUGGUGCCCUGGUGUUUUUCCUUCUUUUGUAUGACUUGGUGCUUUCUGAAACCAUCUUGUCUGGCUAUGUGUUUGCUCCAGUGUCAGUGACAAGGGCAGUCGAGUGGGGAGCAGGAGUGGGAAUUAGGCCCGUUACCUGGUUGUGAGAUGGGAGGAAACGGUAGAGACUGUACUGGGCUGCUGUCUAUUGUCCUGGCUGCACAGUGGGUAGGAGCCACUACUUCCUGUUAAGAAUCCCGCAAAAGUUGCCAGUUUCAGAGAAGUUAGAUGUUGGCACUGCCCUUCUCAAGGAGGCUCCAUUGUGAAUUACACUAAACCCUGACAGGAGGAGGUAACUCAGCAAGGCUUCUUCCUUGCUUUUCCUUUUGCAGUCCUGGGAAUGGAACCCAGGGCCUCAUGCAGGGGAGACAAAGAGCUCUGCUGCGAGCCAUGCCGCAACCCCUUACUGGGAGGCUCUCUGCUCAGCCCCAGCCCUCACUGGGCAAAUGCUUUGCCACUGGCCCUCUAGCACCAGUUUGUAAAAUUGCUGACGAAUUUGUUGGAGCAGAAUACUUGUUAGUGUGCCUUGCUCUGGGUCCCAAGUCAACUAGCAGGACGAAGUAAGCUCUCAAUAAAUGGAACUCAGACCAGAAGCAGUAACCGAACUUUUGAUAUUUUUUUUUCUGCACUCUGCUCUCUAUUGUGGAUUCAGGUUUCUGAUGAGAUCAGUCAUACUGAGGGUUGUGUGACGGUCACACGUGGUUUGGGCUUCCAACUACACAGCCGUGCCUCAGACUUGUGUGUGCACGUGGGGUCUGGGGGGCAUCUGCUCUGGCUGCCAGAAGCAGCUUGAAAACGCCUCCGCUUGCUUCUGCACUCCUUUCGGGAAGUAACAGGCGUUGUGGCUGCAGAGUAGUGAACCCAAGCCUAGUGAAGUAGGAAUCUGCUCCUGAAUUGGCCAAGUCACUGACCUGUGGCCUAGAGUCCGCUAACCACAGAGGUUGCCAGAGUUUGUCUCCUCAUCUGUAAAAUGGGAAUAAAUGUUGUUCUGCUACCUUGCCAUGUUGAUUCUUUGCUUAUGUAUUACACAGGAUUAGACAUGUAGUCUUGCCGCAACCCCAUUUUUUGUGUGUAUUGGAGACAAUGACUCACUUUGUAGUCUUGGCUAGCCUGGAAUUCAUAGAAAUCCACCUGCUUGGCUUCCUGAGUGCUUGGUUUUAAGGUAUGUGCCGCCAUACACAGGUCUUUUUGCCUGUAUUUUGAGCUAAUGUUUCAGUAAGUUGCCUUUGAUCUUGAGAUUCUCUAGCUUGACACCCCCCUGAGUAGCAGGGCUGACAGGCCUGCAUCUCCAUCCCUGGGAGCCCUGAGUUCAUAAUGAGCUGAACAUUACAAAGGGUCACUGCCCAGACUGCCCAGGGAUAGAAGAGAGCUGUUCUUGUUGCCCUAGGAAAAAUGUCUGGCUAUUAAUAGAGACUGCCAAGCUUUUAUGAUCCUCAAAGCAGAGGCAGCAUUGAUCUACACAAGGUGUGGCGGUGCAUGCUUGGAGCCCGAGUACUUAGCAGGUUGGAGAACCAUGAGUCAGCUCUGCAUAGACUGGCUAGAACAGUUCAUUUAUUUUGGCUUUUUGAGACAGGGUUUCUCUCACUCUGUAGACCAGGCUGGCCUCAAACUUUACAAUGAUCCACUUGCCUCUGCCUCCCAAGUACUGGGAUUAAAGGCAUAUGCCACCACUGUCCGGAUCUAAAACACGAAAUUUAAUACGAAUUUUGAAGCUUUUUAAUUUUUAAGGUGUGGGAGAGCUAAACAUGGUGGUGUAAAGGCUAGCCAACUCCAAUCCUGGGAGGGAAACCACAAAGUCCACUUAGACAAACACCUGAUGGCACCCCCCCCCCCAUCCUCACCCUUCACCGCCACCCCCACCUUAGCAAUAGCCAGUCAGGCUACAACAACCGGGUCAAGGUACACACAGAUAACCUAAGACAUCCUGCAGAGAAAAGAUAACCUACCCAUCCCGCUUGUCAGGCGGUUUUGCCCCCAUAUUUGGUUCCUAGAGAUUACAACAGAAAUGCAGCUUUUAGGGCUGGAGAGAUGUCUUAGAGGUUAAGAACACUAUCCGCUUUUCCAGAGGUCCUGAGUUCAAUUCCCAGCAACCACAUGGUGGCUCAUAGCCAUCUAUAAUGAGAUCUGGUGUCCUCUUCUGGCCUGUAGAUAUACAGGUCACUGUAUACAUAAUCUUUCAAAAAAAUUCAGUUUUUAAAAUAUUAAUUUGCUGACCCGGAUGGAAUUCCCCAAGCUUGCUGUAGCCACAAUACAUACCCUGUACCCCUAGACUUGAGGCUCUCAUUUCUGACCUGCUAUGUCGAUGAUGGUGAGAGUCCUUGCUCUGGAGCUCCUAAUAAAGACCCUUAUGUGUUUACACCAGAA